AUGGAGAAACGCCCCCUUGGAGACCUCUACGAUUUUUCUUCUGAACACGUCCAAAAACUGCUGCACAAUAAAUUUGUGGUGAUUUUAGGCGAUUCCAUUCAGCGGACGAUUUACAAGGACCUAGUGCGCUUUCUCCAGGACAAUGGCUUGCUCACCGAACAGGAGCUGAAAGUGAAAGGUGAAGAGACCUUCUGGAAUGACCGUUUAAUAGAAUGGUUCCUUACCAGGGAGACCACUUUCCGGGAGGUGCGCCAAUACCGGAGUGACCACCACCUCCUGCGUUUCUACUUCAUCACCCGCAUUUUCUCAGAAUACGUGGAAAGUAUCUUGGCGGACUUUAAGGCUGGUCCGGUACCCGAUCUCCUGAUCCUGAAUUCCUGUGUCUGGGACCUCAAUAGAUACGCCGAUUGGUCUUCCAAGGAACCGUUAGAGAAGGCCUUCUGGGAGUACCGGCAGAACCUGCAAACGCUGUUUGAGAAGUUGCACGACAUCCUACCGACAUCCUGCCUUAUCAUUUGGAACACCGCCAUGCCAAUCAGUCGCAAAGUCAGGAAAACACCGAACUUGGCGACUCCCGAGGACAUCCUGAGGGCCAACUUCGAAGGGGCCACCCUGUCCUCCUGCUUCCAGUUUGACGUGAUGGACUUGAACUUCUGUUUCCGCUUCUUCGAAGAGUGCCGGGCCUGGGACGGGGUCCACUGGAACGCGGUGGUGCACCGCUUCAUCACCAAGCUGCUGCUGACCCACGUGGCCAGAGACUGGGGGGUCAAAUUGAAACAGAAACAGCCCUCAGACGGGAUAGUCUGGCGUGGAAAUGCAGCUCAGCACCGUGGGCCCCAACGGCAGCCGCUCAUGGCACGGCCACCACCUCCUCCGCGGCAUCUGUCUUCACAAGCCACGUACGCUAAUGGCCUCCCCUUCGCUCCACUUAUUCCCAGACACGAUCCCAACUUCCAACCCGACUCUAUUCCCAGCUCUGGGAACUCCCCUGGAUAUUUUAACUUCGAAGACGACUGGGAGCCCCCAGCGUACCCGGAAGAAAUGCAGUACGGCAGUUUCUCCGGACCUGCUGAUUACGUGCCUGAUGGAGGGCCGGCCAUUCCUCGUCCUUUCCCUAUUGGUCCAGUUCCCGAUGGGGGGUGGCACUUCUCCCUCCCUUCCCAUGUCGAUUACGUGCCUGAUGGGGGGCAGCAGUUUCCGCCUCGCCUGCCCUGCAGGUCCCCUCAAGGUUUCCGGGGCGGGCCCCACAACGGCCUCACCAUGCGCCACCAGCAUUUCUACGGGGAACCCUACCGGCCCUAUUUUCACCGUUCGAACGGCGCCCGCAACCACCCACGGUUUCAGGUGCCCCCCUACGUAGGACCGAGAGGCUGGUAA